AUCGCGCACGAGCAUUCUGCCCAGCAAUCUGGCUGGCCAACUGACCAAGCCAAGCCAAUCUCGGGAGCAGGGGCCUGGGGCCAGUGUCAUAUGCCCGGCGCUCGGUGCAGCAGCGAAAUGUAAGGAACGUACAAAUAAACGCGCAUUUUCCAGAGAAGUAGAAAAACUUCCACCCUCAAAGCGGCACACACAGCGCACAAACACACGUACAGCAGUCGUACAAACACACGGCGAACUAAUACAAACAUGUUAACUAGCCCGGAGAGCGGGGACAAACAAGUGUGCCAUUAACCCCAGGCGCGCAGCAAACUAACCGGGAGAACACGGAGCCCCGAGAGCGGGGUGACCCAGCCCAAGCCAGCCGACACACCGAUAUACCCUGCAUGCCCCUGGGCACUGUCACUGUCAUUUGCGUCGCAGCGCUGCCGCCGCCGCCGCCGCCGUCCGCGUCGCAGUGCCUGGCCCAGUGUUUCCGCUUUCUUUCGCCUCGUUGUAAUGUUACUUUUAGUUUGAUGUCGGAGCCUCGUCAAGCCGGUCGCAAGCGAAACCGUAAGCGAGACUUUAGUGCGAUUCCGCUCCGUUCCGCCGGGGUGUGUGUGCGUGUUUAGUUCGAGUCGAGUCGCGCUGCGUCGCGUUGAGCUGAGAAUCGGAAUCGGAAUCGGAAUCAGAAUCCCCGAGUCCGAGUAUCCAGCGGAUUCGAGAAUCGAGAAUCGAAACCGAAAGUGGUUCUCCGCGUGCGAGUGAGUGAGUGUGUUGUGUUUGGGCCCGCUUUUCUGCUUUCCUGCUUUUCUGCUUUUCUACCCCCGAAAAAGCAAAGCACAGCAUAAAACUGUGCGCUCGUACGCGCGCUGUGUGUGUGUGUGCGUUAGAGGCGAGUGUGUGUGCGUUAGAGGUGAGUGUGUGUGUGUGGGAAGGGAAGAAAGGAGGCAAGCAAAAGAAAACCAACCCCCACCAGCGGCGGCGGAGAACAGGAAAACAACAACAGAGGCACACCACCGCCAACCGCCAACAGCCAACCGUCACCACCCACUCUUCGUCAUCGCCUUUCUCGCUGGUUGUAAAGGAAAUAAUCACAAAAAAUUCGGAAAUCCAAAAUAAAAACCCAAAUAAUAAAACAGUGCUUAAACCGAAACCAAUUUGAGGAUAAUCCCCGGGCCCCCGGAGGCCCCCUGAUUCCGCAAUCAACACAAUAAGCUCCACUGCCCGCCGAUCAUCCCCGAUCCUGACAUGAUGAACUUCUCCGCGUUCGGCGGCCCCUUCUCCGGCAUCCACCAGUUUGCCGCUAAAUUCGACGCCCAGACGCCCGGCGCCUUCGGCACGCCCCCCGCGGCCGCCGCGAAUGCAGCGGCCGCUGCGGCAGCGGCCGGCACCGAUAACCAUGUGCAGCGCUAUCAGACCAAUGGCAAUCACUUUAAUCAGAAUGUGCCCAACGUUUCGGCUGCCAACAACAUGCAAUAUGGCCAGAACAUCUCCAUACCGUACUCACAGCCGCAGGGCGAUCUGAACUUUCUCAAUGCAGCCGCUGCGGCCGAUCAUAAGGGUAAAAUCCAUCCAAAAAUCGAACGUGACCGGGAAGAAGUCCUCAACCAGCAGAUCCUGCAGAAUGUCAACCAAUCCUGGCAGACGCUGGCCAACACGGCCAACACGGUGGACUACUCGUCGCACCUGCUCUCCGCCACACUGCCCAUCUCCAUACAGCACUUCCUCAAGUACUCGGAGACCAUCAAGAAGGAGUCCACCGGCGAUGUCCUGAAGAACGGCACCAACCUGGCCAGCCUGGCGCUGGGGGGCGUGGCCCUGACACCCAGCAACAAUGGGGCCAACGGCGGCCAUCACAACGGACUGGUGGGCAUGGACCACGGCGGUCACAUGACCAACAUGACGGACGCCAACGGGGCGGCGCUGACGAAUGGCGGCACCAGCAACGGGGUCAAUGGCAAUGCCAACGGAGCGGUGACCAAUGGCGGAGCCGGCGCCGUCUCCAGCACCGGGUCCGUGGGCACCACGAACGCCAGCGGAGGCACGGGCACGGCCAGCGGCAAGAAGACCAAAAAGAAGAAACCACCAAAGGAGAAGAAGCCGCGCCCCAAGCCGGGCGAGAUCCGCGAGACGAAGGCGCUGGACGGCUCGACGCUCUACUGCUGCCCGGAGUGCCAGAUGGCCUACCCGGACCGCAGCCUCAUCGAGCAGCACGUCAUCUCGCACGCCGUGGAGCGGCGCUUCGUCUGCGACAUCUGCAACGCGGCGCUGAAGCGCAAGGACCACCUGACCAGGCACAAGCUCUCCCACAUACCGGACAGGCCGCACGUGUGCAAUAUCUGCAUGAAGUCCUUCAAGCGCAAGGAGCAGCUCACUCUGCACAUUGUCAUCCAUUCCGGCGAGAAAAAGCACGUAUGCAUUGAGUGUGGAAAAGGUUUCUAUCGCAAGGACCACUUGCGCAAGCACACGCGGUCGCACAUCGCCCGGCGGGUCAAGUCGGAGGUGUCGGCGCAGAACGUGAACGGGUCCUCCGGCGGCGGAGGAGGCGGCGGCGGCGGCGGAGGCGGCAACAGUGCGCAGAGCAACGCGCUGCACGGCUCCUGAGGAUCGUACAAGGACUUCUGGUAAACUCCCAGACGAAUUUCAAGCCAUAAGGGGCGGCCGGGCUGCUCCCACCGGAGGCUAGGGGGAUCCGUGUAUCACAGGGAGACUCAACUGACCACCAUUGGGAGCAGUCGUCUGCGGCUGCCUUUGAAAUUCGCUGGGGGCUUACCGGGGGUCCUGCUGAGCGUCACCCAACUCCAAUUACAAUAACCCUCAAAUAAACACGAGUUAUACUUACUGGAUGCAAGUAUUAGUACGAUUUUGUUCACGACACUUUCAGUUCUUUAGCUUUAGUUCUUUCAGUUGAGAUUUUCGCACAAAAAAUGAAAAAAGAAUAACAGUCGAGCAAAGUAUAGCAAUCGAAAUGUACAAAUCAGCAGAAUGACAGAUUUAAAUUCGAGUUUAGUAUGCGCAUAUGUUAAGGGAGGAAGAUAACGCCGCUUUAGUGUCGCUUUCGUUUCUUUUUGGGGAUCUGUGAUCUGUAGUCGCUGCAAAAACGAUGAUGAAAAGAAGAUGAGGCGAUCGAAAGCUGUUCUAAGAAUAAGUUAAUGUGUCUGCAACCGAUUCACUAUACAUGUAUGUGCAAUUUAUAAUCCUUUUGAUUUGCCUUUUGUUCGUUUGUUCAUUACUCUCCCUAGAGGACCGCAGGGGAACCUACACAAGAUUCUUAUUGAAUUGUGCACAUUUUUAAGGAAGUAAGAAGCUCUACAAGCGAAAUUUGUACUUCUAGUCUUGUAUUUUAUUUUACCGAUAGGCAUAGAGAGGGAAACCCGAAUCGAGGUCAUGUAAUCUUAAGCUUUUAAACUUGAAUGUUCAAAGGAAAGGAAAAACCUUCGACGCAGAGUCACGACACUCACACCAAACACUAGACAAAAAGCCGCAAUACGCAAUACGAACUUGCAUCUGGCAAGCCGAAAUGCCCAACUUCCAGCCAUCGUCAUUGCUUGCAACUGCAAUAUGCAACACUACACCUAUAUCCAGCUUACCAAUACUGAUUACCGAUUACCGAUAACACUGAUAACCACAAAUAGCGUUAAGAGCCACUUAUACAGCCCAUAGCAGCAGCAAUAGCCAUAGGUCAAAACGAAAAACAAUCUUACCGAAUCGCUAAACAUUAACAAUUGCAGAUGCAACAGCAAGGAGCAACAAUAACCGAGAACACAACUGUAUAAAAGGAUAUUUUUAUAUAUAUAAAUACAAAAAGAGAGAGCAUAUGAAAACCGAAUAGGAAUAAAGGCAUAAAACAAUAACCGAAAUAAAGUGCAAACACUUCGAGCAAGUGACAACGUAAUUUACUGUUCAAAUACAAAGCAUUUUGAGAUUAACGAUAAACGAUUAACGAUAACGUAACGAUUAAACCGAUUCAAGAGCAAACAUAGCAAUGCAGCAUAUUGCAACCCUGUAACUUGUAUAGUUAUACGAAGCUUCAACUAAAUACGCUAGCCUACAGAUACACCAUAUAUAGAUACAGAUACUGAUACACACACCUUCCUUGUUUCCGUCGAUCACUCGCAACUCGCCAAUGGCCCACUGGGCUCAAACCUAAGAACCGAAUCGAAUGGGUUAAUGUUUCACAUUCCAAGUAGAGGCACACUUUAGAGCGAUAGAUUCGGUAGAUACCUCUGGAUAAAUCGCCACUUCCCGAUGGGUUUGAGCCAGCGCGACAUUGCCCAGCAUUUUUCACGUUCUUAACCCCUUUUCCGGCACAUCUCUCACCAAAAAGGUACUUAAUCGGUACGAAAACUCGUGCAUUACAGCAUGCUACAGUGCGGAACGUAAUUGAAACACUUGCAGUGAAGUACAAAUAUUUUAACUACACACCCACGACACCACAGCAGUUUGCAGAAGCGGUAUUAGCCAAAAGGUAAUGGGAAAACGAAACAGAACUAAGCAAAUCUAAAUACAGUUACUACAGCAUAUUAUUAACGAGUUCUUUUGGCCCCAAAGCCAGGGGCUGGCAACCCCGUUCGUAAACAAUAACGUGACAACAUACAAAUAUAAAUAAUUAAGCAACCUUCACGGCGAACAGGCGCUAUUAUUUUGCCAUUGAUUUUCUUGGUCUCACUCAUUCACUCACCCACUCACUCUCUCUUGACACACUAAAUCGAAUAAGAGAUAUAAAACAAUAAGUUUAUAAAGAAAAAGUUGCAAUAAAUGACAAACAAAUGAAAUUAAAUCACUCAGGGAUAAAGCCUCCAAAAGAAAACAAAAAACAUAAAAUAAAAUGCAAUAUUUUAAAGGAAACGUAAUGAAAAACGAAAAAGAAAAAUUUAAUCUAAAGAAAAAGUACAUUUUAAAGUUAAAAAUAUUUUAGUAUAAUAACGAGAAGGACAAAGGAAAACAAAAAAAUGAAAAAUGGAAAAGUUUUAGAAAUUUGCACAAAUUUUGGCAUUUUAUAAACGCAAACCAAGCAUCAACCACAAACAAGGCAUAAAGUACGAAACAGAUGACGAAAUAGAAACAUAUUUUCUCACACCUCAUUGGCUUAUCGAAGGUAUAAAAUCGACAAUUACAGGAUAGACCAUCACCGACUUCAUAGGCAAACGGUCCGUGCAACUUUUAGUGCAUUUAAACAGAAGGUACAGAAAGUACAGUCAGUACAGAAAGUACAGUCAGUACAGUCAGUACACAAAGUACAGUCAGUACAGCAAAUAGAUGUUAGAGUGAAAGUGAAAAACGCGAGCAGUUCGUAUCUACAGGAGCUACAUAGGUAAUGCGGGGGUGCGCGGCCAAAGAUGGAGUUAAAUCGUAGUUAGAGGGGAUCAGAUCGUUCGUAAAGACCUUUUAUACAAACCGAAAGAAGAGUUAAUACUACCGAUUCGAAAACUGUACGUAUUGAAUUUAUGUUUAGUGUCUGCAGCAUGCGGGGGAUGUGAGGCGGAGGGAGCGACGGCGGGGAGCUAAGUACAUUUAAGGGUUAGAUUUUCUGCGAAAGGACUGAAGUUAAGGCAACGUAGCGUUUAAAUGCAAAAUUGAAUUGAAAAUUGAAAGAGACAAACCGAGUGUUAUGGAUAAUGGAGCGUGCGCGCAUGCGAUUGGUGACGAAAAUUACUUGUUUAAGGCUGGACUUAUGUAAUUUCGAGCGAUAGAAAGCGAUAGUAGCGAAACAAAACAUGUAAAAUGCAGAUACAAUAUUUUUAUAAUUAAAAACGGAACCCCCCUACCCGAAAGCGAACCCAACCCCUGAUCUUAAAUAUGUUUAAUUCAACUGCAAUUAUCGUUAAAGACGUAUUUACUGUUUGUGAUCCAGAACUCAUUGAUUAAACGUAAAUUGUUGCAUGGGCAAGGUUUGAAGCGCAGGUCCCCGGGUUCGCAAGGCACCCACAAGUACCCGCUGCCCGGGUCUCCAAGACGAGGAACCACGAGUCAAAGGCCGGGUUCAAAACCCGGCAGUGCGGCCUCAACGACUCGCAGCCAUGUUUCGGGGGCAAGCCGCGGGGCCUGCCCCCGAAAUGUACCUUCAAGGACCGAGGGUCGGGAGUACUUUUGGCCCCUCUGCGAACCCUAGAAGUAGAGCAGGAAACAGUAAAUUGUACUUAAUUGAAAAGGAUAUAAUAAAACACCGCCACUUUGAAAUAUAUUUACUUGAAUCAAAUAAUAUUAAUGAGUAUGUAUAACUUUGUACUUGAAUAAUAUUUUAUUUAUAUUUACCUUAAGUCAAUAAAAAUUCUAAUAAAUUAUAA